UCGGAGGCGUCGGGGUUUAGUCAACAAACACUUCUGGAAUACGAGGACACGCAGAGAUACUAAACCGCCAUCGCCAUGGUUCCUUAGUGCGCUCAUCGACGAUGCUACUGCUGCUACACUUGGCCUUGUGAAACCUCGAGUGGUUCGGUUAGAGGGUUUUCCUUCUCCUUGUUCUUGUUCUUGUUCUUCUUUUCGCUGUGUGUGAUACGAUAUCAUUAUAGUAUUCAGAGACCGUGUGGGACUGUGUAGUGUAGUGUAGUGUAGUGUAGUGUAGUGCAGAGAGUUUUCAGUUUGUUAUUAUUACCUUCCUACUACUACGCACUACUACUGACUCGGACUGCUUCCAAACUGAGGUUCUUCUCUUUAGGAGGAUGGCCACGACGCUAAUCGGGGAGCAUCAGGCGUUUGGCGGUACUCCCUUGGCUAUGCUGGCCGCUCAAUGUAGCAAGAUAACCUCAAAGUCUCCCCCACCCCUUGCUGAAGCCACAGUGGGAAAAUCGUUUAUCCCCUGGAAAAAGCACACUACUACUGGACACUCUCCCGGGCCUUUCCACCAUCAUAUUGCCUCACAGCGAAUGGGUAGUCUGAACACAGCGCCGCUAUCCAUGUCCAGCAAUCUGUCCUACCCCAGAUCAACUGUGGUAUCGUCCAACCCUCCCUCCUCGUACCCGAACGAGCUGUUCUAUUCUAGCUCCGCGGGGAGUGCUCACCACAGCCACCACCACCACCACCAUCACGCCGCCUCUCACCAAAGCUCAGAACUCUCACAAUCUACGCUACUACAAAAAAUGCAUGGAGAAAACAGCAUCGGACAGUCGGGGUUCGGAUCUGUGUACCCACGAGUUCCCUCAAUGCCCGGGGCGUACGAGUCGGCGUGGCCCUUCUCCAACAUCCCCACCACACACCCCGGAGCCACACACGGACUCAAACCCAACGACGUCCCACACUCGGUCAACGCGAGCACUACCCCGUGGUGGGACGUCCACCCAGCAGCCAACAUGCACUCCGCCGGAGCUAACUGGCUCUCAGACUCCUCGGCUCUCCACGGCCAGAUUACCGCGUCAUACCCUAGCCCGGCUACGGACUACCACAUUGGCCACUCUCUGGCUUCCAACCCUGCCUUGCUUUCUUCGCAGCAGCAUUUGCUGCAGGACACGUACAAGUCUAUGUUGCAGCCUCCACAGGGUACGGACCUGGGAUUAAACAACAGUCCAGUUCCCCCUUUCCUCUCCCGCCCCACUUUGCCGGGUCUGACGGCCCCGAGAAACUCGAGGAGGUAUACGGGACGGGCGACGUGUGACUGUCCUAACUGCCACGAGAUAGACCGGCUAGGACCAGCUGGUGAACAUCUCCGGAAGCGGAACAUCCAUUCCUGUCACAUUCCUGGCUGUGGAAAAGUGUACAACAAAACAUCACAUCUCAAGGCUCACCUGAGAUGGCACACAGGCGAGCGACCCUUUGUCUGUAACUGGCUCUUUUGUGCAAAGAGGUUCACGAGGUCGGACGAGUUACAGCGACAUUUGAGGACACACACAGGGGAAAAACGUUUCGCUUGUCCAAAGUGUAACAAACGAUUUAUGCGUAGUGAUCACCUUAGCAAGCACGUGAAGACGCAUGCACAGGCUGAGAAAAAAGACGGCGAGGAAAGAGAUUCAGAGGACGACCGAAAACAAGAAACGUGACAAGUGCAAUAAGCCGGGAAAGCCAAGCCCCCUUCUCACAGAAAGACAAAAACACCCACCCGGGCUGUCUAGAUCUUUGCACAAAGACCUGUUCUCAAAAGACUCUAAAUGAAGAAGAGUCUAUCAUAAAUUCAUUACAGCUGGUCUGGUUCUUUGAGUUCAGACUAUUCUGCAAAGGCUAACUUUGAAAAGUCUAACAGAAUGUUCACCAUAAAGAGUUACCAACCAGUUCGUAGAUACACAUAAUAAUAUUAUGUUUCUUAGCCUUACGUUUGAUCCCAUCCUGCGGUAGCAUGUGUGUGCACGUCUGUGUGUAUGUGUGUGUGUAUGUGUGUGUGUGUGUGUGUGAGAGAGAGAGAGAGAG